AUGUCUUCUAUAGAAGAUAAGAUUUCUCUACCUCUAAUCUUAAUUAUGAAGAAUACUGGCGACGAGUUAAUCAUUCUCGCUGGUGCAUCUGAUAAACGAGUGGCGGAGAAAGCACAGUCAUUGAAGAAAUUGCUCAAGCAUAAAUUUGCAGAAGCGCAAGAAGAACAAGGCCAAAUUCCUCCCCAUAAUAACAACGAUUACAAAGAAAUAUUCAUCGGAUACAUGAAGUCACCAUUGAUCCAAGAAAUCGAUAAAAAGCGUCAGAAAUGUUAUCCUACUGUAUGGUUUGAUCGACAAUUGGUAUUUAAAUUCAAUUAUGGAGACUUUGAGCCUGGAGACUCGGGAACAAGCGUUGUGGGCAAAAACGGAAAAGCUCUUGGUAUCCUUCAUGUGGCAUGA